AUGGGGGACGCCAGGGACCUGUGCCCUCACCUGGACUCCUUAGGGGAGGUGACCAAAGACGACUUGCUGCUCAAAUCGAAGGGAACCUGCCAGUCGUGCGGAGUGUCUGGGCCGAACCUGUGGGCCUGUCUCCAGGUGUCCUGCCCCUACGUUGGCUGCGGAGAAUCCUUCGCCGACCACAGCACCAUCCAUGCGCAGAUACAAAGGCACAACCUGACCGUGAACCUGACCACGUUCCGGGUGUGGUGUUACGCCUGCGAGAAGGAGGUGUUCCCGGAGCAGCGGCUGGCGGCCCCCCUGCCAGCCGCCCCGUCCCGCCCCUUCGAGCAGGACUCCCCGCUGCCCUCCCGCCCUCUGAGAGCCGUGCCCAUUGCCGUGGCCGACGAAGGGGAGUCCGAGUCAGAGGACGAUGACCUGAAACCUCGCGGCCUCACGGGCAUGAAGAACCUGGGGAACUCCUGCUACAUGAACGCCGCGCUGCAGGCCCUGUCCAACUGCCCCCCGCUGACCCAGUUCUUCCUGGAGUGCGGGGGCCUGGUGCGCACCGACAAGAAGCCCGCCCUGUGCAAGAGCUACCAGAAGCUGGUGUCCGAGAUCUGGCACCGGAAGCGCCUGAGCUACGUGGUCCCCACCAGCCUGUCCCACGGGAUCAAGUUGGUCAACCCCAUGUUCCGUGGCUACGCCCAGCAGGACACCCAGGAGUUCCUGCGCUGCCUGAUGGACCAGCUGCACGAGGAGCUCAAGGAGCCGGUGGCGGCGGCGGCCGCGGCCCUGACGGAGGCCCGGGACUCGGACCUGAGUGACUCGGACGAGAAGAGGGAGGGCGACCGCAGCCCGUCGGAGGACGAGUUCCUGUCCUGCGACUCCAGCAGCGACAGGGGCGAGGGCGGCGGCCAGGGCCGCGGCGAGGGCGGCUCGGCGGAGGCGGAGCUGCUGAUGGGCGAGGAGGCGGGCCGCGCCAUCUCCGAGAAGGAGCGCCUGAAGGACCGCAAGCUCUCCUGGGGCCAGCAGCGCACCAGCUCCGAGCAGGUGGACGAGGACGCGGACGUGGACACCGCCCUGGACCCCCGGCCCCCGGCGGCCCAGCCCCCAUCGCCGCGGUCCGCCAGCCCCUGCCGGACACCAGAGCCUGACAACGAGGCCCACAUGCGCAGCGCGUCCCGGCCCUGCAGCCCCGCCCACCACCACGAGGGCCACGCCAAGCUGGCCAGCAGCCCUCCCCGCGCCAGCCCCGUGAGGAUGGGGCCGGCCUACGUGCUCAAGAAAGCCCCGGGGCCGAGCUCGGGCAGCCGGCGGCGGAAGGAGCAGCGCUACCGCAGCGUCAUCUCCGACAUCUUCGACGGCUCCAUCCUCAGCCUGGUGCAGUGCCUCACCUGUGACCGGGUGUCCACGACGGUGGAGACGUUCCAGGACCUGUCGCUGCCCAUCCCGGGCAAGGAGGACCUGGCCAAGCUGCACUCGGCCAUCUACCAGAGCGCGCCCGCCAAGCCCGGCUCCUGCGGGGACGGCUACGCCGCCCAGGGCUGGCUCGCCUUCAUCAUGGAGUACAUCCGACGGUUUGUGGUGUCCUGUACCCCCAGCUGGUUUUGGGGGCCGGUCAUCACCCUGGAGGACUGCCUCGCUGCCUUCUUCGCUGCGGACGAGCUGAAGGGAGACAACAUGUACAGCUGCGAGCGGUGCAAAAAGCUGCGCAACGGGGUCAAGUACUGCAAGGUGCUGCGGCUGCCCGAGAUCCUGUGCGUCCACCUGAAGCGCUUCCGGCACGAGGUCAUGUACUCGUUCAAGAUCAGCAGCCACGUCUCCUUCCCCCUCGAGGGGCUCGACCUGCGCCCCUUCCUGGCCAAGGAGUGCGCGUCCCAGAUCACCACCUACGACCUGCUCUCCGUCAUCUGCCACCACGGCACGGCCGGCAGCGGCCACUACAUCGCCUACUGCCAGAACGUCAUCAACGGGCAGUGGUACGAGUUCGACGACCAGUACGUCACCGAGGUCCACGAGACGGUGGUGCAGAGCGCCGAGGCCUACGUGCUGUUCUACAGGAAGAGCAGCGAGGAGGCCGUGCGGGAGCGGCAGCAGGUGGUGUCGCUGGCCGCCAUGCGGGAGCCCAGCCUGCUGCGCUUCUACGUGUCGCGGGAGUGGCUCAACAAGUUCAACACCUUCGCCGAGCCGGGGCCCAUCAGCAACCACACCUUCCUCUGCUCCCACGGAGGCAUCCCGCCCGACAAGUACCACUACAUUGACGACCUGGUGGCGAGCCUGCCGCAGGGCGUGUGGGAGCACCUGUACGGCAGGUUUGGGGGCGGGCCCGCGGUGAACCACCUGUACGUGUGCUCCGUCUGCCAGGUGGAGAUCGAGGCGCUGGCCAAGCGCAGGCGGGCCGAGAUCGACACCUUCAUUAGGCUGAACAAGGCGUUCCAGGCCGAGGAGUCGCCCGGCGUCAUCUUCUGCAUCAGCAUGCAGUGGUUCCGGGAGUGGGAAGCCUUCGUCAAGGGCAAGGACAACGAGCCCCCCGGCCCCAUCGACAACAGCAGGAUCGCGCAGGUGAAGGGCAGCGGGCACAUCCAGCUGAAGCCGGGCGCCGACUACGGGCAGAUCUCCGAGGAGACCUGGGCCUACCUGCACAGCCUGUACGGCGGCGGCCCCGAGAUCGCCAUCCGGCAGAGCGUGGCCCAGCUGCCCGACCCGGACAGCCUGCACGGCGAGCACAAGAUCGAGGCCGAGACCCGGGCCCUGUGA